AUGUCAAACAGGCUGAGUUUUCCUGCUCAAAUCRUCUGGACUGUAGUAUUGGGGUUAGAGUCUUUCAUGAUAAUCUCGACUAAUAUCAUUGCAAUCAGCAUUUUUUCCAAGAAAAACUUUAUCGUUUGUAAGUCAGCUUACUURUUAAUAAGCUUGACUGUGGCAGACGUUUUGGUUGGAGUUGCUSCGUUUAUUCACCUAAUUGAAGUGAUACUUUCUAAUGGCWCUACGCAACCAGAAUGUGGAGUAYUGAUCACUGAUGUAUCAAAGGUUUAUUCCUUUUUUACCAUCAUGACAUCGUUGUCUGGUUUGGCUAUCAUAGCUUUUGAAAGAGCCUUGGCCACGUUAAAGCCAAUUGUACAUCGUCGUGGUAAGCCAGCUCAGUACUUUAAGGUCAUCGCCAUUGCWUGGUUCACRUCGAUAGUUUGCACGGUAAUGAAAGGACUCUCUGAAUGCAAUAGUAGAAAACUACUCCUGACUAUUUUCACAAACAUCAUGACAGUAUUCGUCACUGGGUGUAUAUCGRGAAUURUAAUAGCCUACCUUUGUGUWAUCAUCAAAAUGAAGUUUUUCUCUUUAAACAUAAAUUCAAGUUUCGCUUAUAAAAACAAUGCCAAGUUGUCCAAAACCUUGAUGAUAACGACAGUGGUCGCUCUAUUAACUAAUCUGCCAAGGAUUCUGUUUCGUCUGGUCGGUUCACGAUGUUUAAGCUGUCAAUAUCUUCUCACCAAGAACGCAGAUCUCGCAUCAAAUGUGAUUCUCUACAGCAACUCGUUCGCCAAUCUCUUUGUGUAYACUCUUCGAAUGCCUGUCUUUAGAAAAGAGUUCAAGAAAACGAUUUGUAAAUGUUUCGCAAAUCGCACUGGAAUAGCUAGUAAUGGUCAGUGAGUUAAUCAGUUUUUGGCUGAGUUGAUUAGUUAAUUAUAUAGUGGUCAUGACGGGAUAGUUGGUUAGUAAGUGGUUGAUAUGGUUAGGAGGAGCCGACGGGUUCCUGGGAGAAAUAUAUCUGUUCUUAUGUCCCAGCCAGCUGUAAGUYACAAUUAACUGCAUGGUU